CUAGAAAGUCAGAUUACAUUCUCUCAUUUUUCUGAAAACUUCUGUAAGCAAAUAUAUUAAGCAUAAUAUACUAUGGCGAGGUCUUCCUCGGCUUUAUGCUUCCUGCUAGCUAUUUUGCUCUUCACCUCCCAAGGCGAAGAGAAAAUGGGAGUGGAGGCAGAAGACUGUGAGAAGCAAUGGGACUGUGACCAUGGGCCAAAGCGCUGCAAACAAGACUGCGCGGAUAAGUACCAAGGCAAAGGAGAGUGCGAGCCG